UACGGGCAAUUGCGGUAAGCCUCAAAUUCCGCAGUACCUCCAUAUUGUGAUAGAUCCUGAUGAGAGGUGUAAACACAAAGCUGUCUUCAGUGUUUGUUUCAGUGUUUCGUUGUUAGUCAAUCUUUUCUGUGGCUGAGGAUGGAGGAGAGUUCGGAAGAGGACCACUGGUCUUUCUCGAGGAGCGAAUUUUUGUUGUGAUAAUAGCUUUUCUUGUGUGAGUUUAUGAGAGGUGUUCAUAUAAAUUCCAGGGAUCAGGUAGAAUGACCGAGUGAAAAGGAAUCAAAACACAGGAAGGCCUCGCUUGAGGACCUAUCAUCUUAUACUGGAGAAAUGGAGCUCUUUAUAGAAACACUGACUGGAACAGCUUUUGAACUGCGAGUUUCGCCGUUUGAAACUGUGGUGUCAGUAAAGGCAAAGAUACAAAGGCUCGAAGGCAUUCCAAUUUCACACCAGCACCUGAUUUGGCAGUCAGUUGAGCUUGAAGAUGAUUAUUGCCUACAUGAUUACAACAUCCACAAUGGGGCAACACUGAAGUUGGUGCUUGCAAUGAGGGGAGGUCCAAUCAACACCCGAAGGAUUCCAGUGGAAGAUUCUGCCAUCAGAGAAAUGGCAGAGUAUAUGGAAGCAAACAGAGAUGAAAUUUUGGACAAGUUACCUGGCAACAGUAAUGUGACUCUGCUAGUUUUUCGAGAAGGGGACAAACUGAACUUUUUCCGAGUGGUUGACCCUCGCCCAGAUGGCAGCCUCACACCACUGUCUGAGUCAGAAGCUGUAUACAGUUCAGCCUACAACAUGCGUGAUGAUGAGGAUGAUGAUGAUGAAGACACCCCUAGUAAAGAAAAGACGGAGGAAAAUAGUAAGAUGAAAGAAAAGAUGGACCAGCUGAGGAUCAAUAUGGAGAAAAUAAGUCUAACAAAGAAGAGAAAGUAUAAGACACCAUCUCCUGGCCAUGGUCCUCACUCAAGUGUUGCUCGUAUGCGACUGAGGGGUUUGCCCAGUUCUGGUCGAUCAACGUCCGCCUCCGUGAACCAGACCUUGAACAAAAACAUGUGCCUACCACCAGUCGGGCACACGUUUGUCAGCCCACAGCUGGAUGAGGUGGACUGUUCUCGAGGGGCUGCCAGUGCCAGUGCUUACUCUGUUGCCGUUGAUACACUUGCUCAAACAGCAGCUGCAGCAGCUGAUACCGAGUCGUCACUUGUAGCUGUGGCUUCAAAUGCAGGAGUCCUCCCCACAACAACCUCUGCAGAGGUGACUGUCAUUGAGAAGAAUGAGUCUGCUGCUUCACCACUAGAAGUAAAGCCUAAGGAAGGAAGGAAAAGUGCUGAUGCUGCUGGGGCCGAGGGAGCAAGUGCUUCUGCCUUAGCUGCUGAAGUCUCAGCGACCAGAGUUGCUGAAGAUUUUCCGUCCCCAUCUCUUGCACCCCACCCUCCUCCUGCAAAUACCUCCAAUUUCCGCAGGGACCUCCUCAGAUUGAGCGGUCUGGCUGAAACCCCUCACAAUUACACGGCGGCAUCCGCCCGGAGACGGGAAGCCAUUUCCAUGCUAGAAACUCUUCAGGAAGCCACCACCAAAGGCAUAUCUCAAUCGACUUUCGCAGGUGGCAGUGGAGAUGAAGGUGGGAAGACAAUUGGGAAGAGAAAGGUGUCUGAAAGGUGGGAGGCUUCUUCAACCAGUGCCAGUAACAACCCUAGUGCUGAUCCGUACAAGAGAUCACCAAUUUCAUCUCAUAAGGACUUUGUGUUAGAUUCUUUUAUGCGGCCGAGUACCACUACUCGCCGUAAGGAGUUUGCUCUUGAAGGUUUAACCAGCAGUGAGGCUCGUACGGUUUCGGGUAUGCUCCGCCAGGCUUCCAUUGAGAAAAUUGGCUCCUCUCACAUCGGCAGCAUAGUGUCCAGUGCCAGCAAGUCGCGAAUGGGGAAUUACUGCAGUAUACAAGAGGCUGGGCGUAUAACAACGCCUGAAAGUCGGAUGGUGUCUGCAAGACUACAGAGAGUGUCUGCAUCUGGUGAGAGACACCGCAUUUCUCCCACUCAUCGCCUUCCCCCUGUCAAAGUGAAGAAAAAGCAAAAGAGGUGUUUUUUGUGCGGCAAGAAGACAGGGCUUGCCACAAGCUAUCAGUGCAGAUGCGGUAACAACUUCUGUGCCAGCCAUCGCUAUGCUGAAUCACAUGACUGUACAUUUGACUACAAGACUGAAGGUCGCAAACUCCUGGAGCAGAGUAAUCCUCUUGUCAGUGCACCCAAAUUGCCAAAAAUCUGAGGAGUGUGCUUAAAGACAAAAUCAGUUAGCAUGUGUUAACUCAGGGCUGAUUAUUCUUCUGCAUGUGUAUUGUUUUGUGUUUUUUCUUCAGUAGAGCGUAUCUUGAUUUAUGCUGAAACCAGGAGGAAAUAAAUCUGAAUGAAAUUCAUGAUGGCUGUGCUUGCAAGAAAGAAACUUUUGUUACUGGUUUUGAUUUGCUUUAAUUGUUUUGCGUUUAAGAAAACUUAAGAUGUAGUUGAGUGCUUCUGAUAUUGUCAUUUACCCAAGCAGCAUUCACAUGAGAUAUAUAUGCUUGUGCUGUGAUUUUUUAUUUUGGAAAAAGUUCCGUUGCUCAUCAGACCUCCAUUUCUUGUUUUUUAAAAUUUAUUAUUUGUAAUUACAUUUUUCUUUAGUUUAAGUUUUAAGUCUUGCUUACAACAGUAAGGUAUUUUCAACUGCAGUUUAAAAAAACCCAUUAAGGAUACUGUAUAUUUUGGGAAAGUUUUGUUUCAAAAGGUACAUAAAUAACAAAAAUGGCUUUUCUUGGACCCCCUCAUUAAUACUGUAGUACAUAUUACAUAGUUGUGCCUUUUUGAGAAGUCAUAGGUGUUUCAGAAGAGUGAUGUUUUGGAAGCCAUCUUUGUUGGAUGAUAUAGAUACAAUAUUUCUUCUCUAAUUUUGUCUUCUUUGGUAGAGUAUGAUUAAUAAAUGUGGACCAAAUGAUGACUUUAAAGAAGAUUUGAUGUUUCAAAAGCUAUUUUGUCAAAGUCAGUUGCAUUGAGAGUGGUUGUGUUUUACAGGAAGCUUCUCUUCUUUAAUGUUGAUAGUACUGUGUGAUGGUGUUGUCAGUUUCUUGUGGUCAAUAUAGUUAAUCAGCAUACCUCUGCACUUACAGAUUCUAAAAUUUCUAUCUGUUCGUGAGUUGGACCAAGCGAAGCAAAAGUAUAAAUGUACAGCAAAUAAAAAA